AUGAGUUUUACUUUUACAUCCACAUCUAAGCUGGACAAACGAAACUCUUUCCAAACAUCUACCGUCUACCUUACUCCAACGAAACGAAGACGGCUUACGUCUCAAGAUCCUCAAGUUGGAAGUUCGAUACAGGACAUCUACAAUUGGACGUUCCAUUCCGAUGCAGUUGCUAAAUGUUUUGUUGGUGAUAUCUUGGAGCUGAGACCCAGUAUGGAUCGAAAGUACGAUUUCUACUGGCUAAAAUCUGUGCCCUGUCGAAGCGUCAAGAUAGUAGGUAUGCUUGUAGGUAUACAGGUGUACGAGAAAAGGAUUCUUUACUCUGUCGACGAUGGAACGGGGGUGAUAGAUUGCUAUCAUGCCCUGCCCAGGCAGUAUACAGCACUUAAAGCUGAUAAACUAUUAAACUCUGAGAUAGUUCCACCAGCUCCGCCACCAAAGCCCAUUGCUACAAUUGGAUAUUGCUUGGAAGUCUCUGGUACUGUUCGCGAAUUUCACGAGACGCGACAAUUACAUGUCACAGAUAUUAAGGUCUGUUCAUCUCCAAACGAAGAACUUCUUCACUCGAAGGCCGUUCAGGCUCUUCAUACAUCGAUAUACCGAAACAGCGAACCCUUUAUUAUACCCAUCAGCCCUCAAAAAGCUAAAGCCCAGGUCACCCCGUCUAUCCUCUCAGAAAUUACGCCAUCUUCUGUAUCAUCAAGUCCCAUCAAGUCUCUCCAGGUUAAUUCCAAGAACAAGUCUCCCAUAAAACUGCGACACCCCUCACGACUACACUCCCAUGACCUCACCGAAAAUACGUUCCGCAUCUAUGUCAAACAUUUCAUGGAUAAUGCUCCCAUUACCAAAGGUUAUUCUAGUACUGAUGACGAUUUUGAUUCCCAUGCUGCACAUAUACCCUCGACACCUACCAAAUCCUACCGUGACGAUGACACUCCCCGUCAAUUUCACUCGGGCACAAACGUUACUAUUACUCCGAAGCCUCGGAUCGAACCUCUCAAUUAUGGGGUGAAUACACCUCUACAAUCAACAUGCAGUCGCGCACCACAGGAAAAACUACGCCAAGGAGUUACCUUGUCGUUUCUCCGCCGAGUCCCAGAGUUAUCCCUCUUGGCUGGAAGGGUUGUACAGGCAGUCGGUCGGAGACGAUUGAGAGAGGAGAAACAAAAACUGAAAGAUUCCGGUAUCAUUCCUUCACGUGCAGAGAAAGCUAGGAUAUUGGCACUUACCAGUAUUCCCUCGAACAAAUUUGCGGGCAAGAAAAAGCGACUCUUUCAAUGGGCUAUUAUACAAUUACUCAAGGAAGGAUGUCUGGUACAUUGGGAUGGACUAGUCUGUCCACUUCCAGAAACCCCUUACUUGGAAACUAGUCGCCUUUGGAAAACAAACAUCACCUCAUUUCUUAAUGACGACAGUAAUGUUUUCAGUACAACUGCUGGAUCCAUUGCUUCUGCUUCGACUGAAAAUUCGGGAGAUGACGGCACUUUGUCUGAUCCUGACCCUGACGAAGAGGCUUAUAUCUCCCUAACUGCUGAUUUACUGGCUGAGCAUGUUGAAGCUGCCAUUAAAACACUCGUAGAUCAUUACGAGAAAAACGGCAAACCUUACAUCGGUGCGACGAAGGACGGCAUCCUUAGCGUCUUGCGGAAGGACGAUAGAUGGCGUCACGUUGGGGAGUGGAAUGUACAAGAUGCCCUUGAGCUCUUACAUGGAGAAGGGAAGGUCUGGGCUAUGAAGAAUGGAAGGUGGGACCUCACAGAAUAA